AUGGCUGGCUGGUGCUCCCUUUCUCCAUGCAGGGCUUUGCUCUUCUUGGCUUUGCUCCUGCCCCUGGAGACCCCCAUGGGAGAUGGAGAGAGGGAGGCCCCUGAUGCAGAUGGGCCCCUUAUGGCAGGCCCUCCCCUGCCCCUGAUCCAGGUGCUCCUAAGCCAAGCCCCUACCCGGACCCCAGGACGGCGCAGGAGGCAGGCAGGUGGGCCCCCACUGCGCUACAUGAUGGGUUUGUACCGGAGUGUGGCCGACCGGCACGGCCAGCCUCGCAGGAACCGUCAGCUGCCCACCAACACCAUCCGCCUGCUCCGGCCCUUCGCCAAGCACCGCCAACCUGGGACAGGUCCCUGGUUGGUCUGGACUCUGGACUUCCGCCUGGAGGUCAAACCCCCCUUGGAGCACCUGGUGAGGGCUGUGGCUGUCUACUCUCCCACUCAGUCCUUAAACCGUGGCCUUUUUGCCUGCAGGGCCGAAUUGCUCCUGGACCGAAGCACCGUCCCUCCCUGCCUGCUUGGCAAACUUCGGCCUCCCCCCUUGGCCAAUUUGACCACCAACACUGCCUCUGUGGGUCAAGACGGCUGGACGGAGGUGGACCUCUCUGCCCACCUCCAGCUGCAGGGGGACUGGGGGUCGCAGCAGAGCCGGGUCCUUCACUUGCUUCACGCGUGCUGCCCCCUUGACCCUAGAGGACAGGAGGAUCUGGUCUCCCUGAAUGACCCCUUCUUGCUGCUCUACCUCAACGACACGCGGCGGUUCCUGAGGGCAGAGGCAGGGGGCUUGAGCCUGACCAAGGAGAAGCCCUCCAGGAGAAGGCCCUCUCUCAUCCGCAGGACACGCCAGACCGGCCGACUGGCCCUGGACCUGCCCAGCUACUCCCCGGCUGGGGGCCCCAAGCAGAGCGAGUGCUCCCUGCGGCCCUUCAGGGUCAGCUUCAGCCAGCUGGGCUGGGACCGCUGGAUCAUUGCCCCGCACUGGUACCGGCCCCAGUACUGCAAGGGGGCCUGCCCCCGGGUCCUGCGCUACGGCUACAACUCCCCUAACCACGCCAUUGUCCAGAACUUCAUCAAUGAACUGGUUGACCAGAGUGUUCCCCGGCCCUCCUGCGUCCCCUACAAGUACAGCCCCAUCAGCGUCCUCAUGAUUGAACCCAACAAUGACAUCCUCUACAAGGUCUACGACAACAUGAUUGCCAAGUCCUGCACCUGCCGCUAAGGCGCCUGCGGAGAGGGUCAGUGUGGAGAGGCUGACCCAUGCAGUCCUCCAGCCAGGACCUGACAUGCUCUGCACACCUCUGAGCCCCAUUUCCACCCCCCUAGCAUCCCUCUGACAGCCCCUCCAAGAGAUAGUCCAGAUUUUAACAAAGUUGGGCUCCUUUUCACCUGGCCCCUGAUGCCUUCCUUCCCCAGUGACCUGAUGGACACACAGACAUCGUUCGUCUCUUUUACACCAGGACUUUUAUACAACAUUUGGAAAGGUGGCCAUCUCCAUUUUCUCUCUGGAAGAAGAAAGAAGGGGUGCCAGGCAGACUCCUAAGACAGUCUUGUUUUUCUUUUGGUCCUGAUGGGAGUCUGGUGCAGCAGGAGGAAGACAAUGAAGGAAGUGCACUCAGCCGUGCCUCUGAGAGCAGGGUGCUGGGGGCGGAUAUGGGGCAGAGGCUGGGUUUGCCCCAUUUUGUCUUUGAGGGUCUCCUGUCCUGAGGGCCAAAUCUCCUGCCUCUGAGCAAAGUGCCUGCCCUCCCCAUUCUGGAAAGAGGGGUGAGAGGCAGGGUGGGGGGCACCUGGGGCCAGGGAAGCACUGCUUGUGUGUGGCGCGCGCAUGGGGGGGUCCUAAUUAAGGAGGGUCCAAGCCUCCCCUUUGGCACAAGAGGCAGGCCGAUACCUUGAAAUGUGUGUGUAGUGUGAACUCCAGAGGAGCUGACGCUGGGGACUUCCCCAGGCUUCCCAGUCGGUCAGUCAGUCGAUUGGUCAGUCUCAUUCUCCCCGGCCAAAGUCAGGCCUCCGGAGCCACAAAGGGGGCAGCGCUGUCUUUGGGCCGCUUCCUCUUCAAUGGAGUUGCAUGGCGCUGCUCCCCCCUUUUCUCUCGCUUUGGGGCACCCUUCUCCACGUUCUGCCUGCCUUCCUUGUGGUUAGUUCCCGCCUUGUGUACCCUCUCAAAAUGCAAAUAAAAGCACACUGUCAUUGUCACUUGCAGUUUUGGGAGAUAUCAACCCAUGGAGUUCUGCUAAAGGCUUUGAAAAAUGUAAGGGGAAAUAGUGGGGUGGGAAAAGGAAGUCUAUUCUGCUGCUUUCUAGACCUGGUCAGUUUGGUCUUUAAAUAUGUUUCUUGCAAUAAAAGAAUACAGUGUCUGGAGGUUUUAAGCUGAACUAGACUGAGUGGAUGAGCGGCCGGACAGGCAGAGGCCCUUGGCUCAUUUUGGUCCCAUCCAGGAGAAGGGGCCCUUCCAUUGCUUUGGCUUGAUGUGGGGGGCAUGCAAGCUUUCCUGGGGUCUGCAAGCCCAUCCUUCAAGGGCCUUUCAGCUGUUGGUGGGCCUCUGCUGGUGGAGGGUUUUAUCCCUGGGCUUUUCUCCAACAAACUCGCCAUGUCCUUCUGAGCUAGAGCACUUUGA